CGGGAGGGAAAGCAAGACUCAACGUCGGGCAAAGAGAACGCAGCGAGGACUUCAUUUUUCCUGCCGCGCACGCCCUAAACUGCUGCGCAUGCUCCCAUGGAGGAGACGCGCGUGUCGGCUGGCUCUAGCCUUACAACUCCGCUGUGAGAGCGAAGCGCCUUCUUGGGGGAAGGAGGCGGGGCGCUCAGAUACAGAGAAGGCCAGGAGAGGGAGGGGGAGGAACGACGGCGUUUCCCCCCCCCCGCCCGCCAGAGGCUCGAAGGCGGGACCUGCGAGGGGCGGAGAGAACGCAGGCCCUUCCAGCGAGCGGGGCGAGCGUCCGGGCUAGGAUGCUCUUGGUAUCGCCCUGCGUGGGCAGCAGCUGCAGCAGUAGCAGAAGCCUUGCCAGGGACUAGCCCGUCGCUUCGAUUCUGCCGCAGCCGCGCUAGCGCCCGACGUGCUACCCAAAACCAGCCAGCCAGCCAGCAGGGCUGCCUGGUUUUACUGGCCCUUCUUUUCCCGCCGUCUCUUCCUUUCCCUGCCCUGCCCGUGGCGGCUCGGGGGACUGACCCUCGCUGUCCUUUUUCUCCUCUUCCUCCUGAGUUGCUCCUCGGCGGCUCCCAUGGCGGCCCCGGGUAAUAUCGUGUCCGUUAUGGCGAGUAAGACCAAGACCAAGAAAAAACACUUCGUGGCCCAGAAAGUCAAGCUCUUCCGGGCCAGCGAUCCGCUGCUCAGCGUCCUCAUGUGGGGAGUGAACCAUUCGAUCAAUGAACUGAGCCAUGUUCAAAUCCCUGUUAUGCUAAUGCCAGAUGACUUCAAAGCAUAUUCAAAGAUAAAAGUGGACAACCAUCUUUUUAAUAAAGAAAACAUGCCAAGCCAUUUCAAAUUCAAAGAAUAUUGUCCAAUGGUUUUCCGUAAUUUGCGAGAGAGGUUUGGAAUUGAUGAUCAGGACUUUCAGAAUUCUUUGACAAGAAGUUGUCCACUUGCUAAUGAUUCUGCAGCUCGGAGUGGUGCCCGAUUCCACAGCUCUUACGACAAAAGAUAUGUCAUCAAAACUAUAACAAGUGAAGAUGUAGCAGAAAUGCACAAUAUACUGAAGAAAUACCACCAGUUUAUAGUGGAAUGCCAUGGCAACACUCUACUUCCACAAUUUUUGGGCAUGUACCGGCUUACUGUUGAUGGAAUCGAAGUGUACAUGAUUGUUACAAGAAAUGUAUUCAGCCAUCGUUUAUCCGUUUAUAGAAAAUAUGAUUUAAAGGGCUCAACAGUAGCAAGAGAAGCUAGUGACAAAGAAAAGGCCAAAGAACUGCCAACAUUUAAAGACAAUGACUUCAUUAAUGAUGGUCAAAAAAUUUACAUUAAUGAAGCCAACAAAAAGAUGUUCCUUGAAAAGCUUAAAAAGGAUGUUGAGUUCCUUGCUCAAUUAAAACUCAUGGAUUACAGCUUGCUGGUUGGAAUUCAUGAUGUUGAACGAGCUGAGCAAGAGGAAAUAGAAUGUGAAGAGAAUGAUGACGAGGAAGGAGAAAGUGAUGGGACUCAUCCAGUUGGAACACCUCCAGAUAGCCCAGGAAAUACACUGAACAGUUUGCAGCCUUUAGCCCCAGGAGAAUUUGAUCCAACCAUUGAUGUUUAUGGUAUAAAAUGCCAUGAAAAUGCAGCUAGAAAAGAGGUAUACUUCAUGGCUAUUAUUGACAUUCUUACUCAUUAUGACGCCAAAAAGAAAGCUGCCCAUGCUGCAAAAACUGUGAAACACGGGGCUGGUGCAGAGAUUUCAACAGUUAAUCCUGAACAGUAUUCAAAACGAUUCUUGGACUUUAUUGCCAACAUCUUAACGUAACCUAAAUGCUCUUUUGGACAGUGUGAGGUCUGAAGAAACAGCAAAUUGCUACAAGUGUGUAUGGGGUCUUUAAGAAAGCUUCUUUUAAAAGAAACUCAAGUUCUCUCUUGCAGAAGGCAGCCCCCACCCCCACCCCACCCAUUUACAUCUGCUGGCAAAGAUGACUGACUGGGGUGAAAUACAUUUGCUUUCACAGCUGCCUGAUUAUGCCCAGCAUAGUUCUAGCUAUUUCUGAUAUGUAUGUGUGUGAGAGAGAUUGUAUGUGUAUAUGAGUGUGCAAAAAUGGAUAUAAACUAAUAAUAAUUAAAAUAGAUCAGCUCCUACUCAAUGUGCAUUGCAACAACACCUCUCUGUGGAUAUUAGCUGAAAUGGAAUGAAUGGAAAAAAGAUAUUGUGGGAAGGGAAGAAAAAUCUAUGUGCAUGUUGAAACCUACAAUAUUGGAAUCAAAGCUGUAAACUGUGGAUCAGUUUAAAAUUUGAACUGAAAGAUGCAAGAUAAUAUUGGUGAUAAUUAUGACUCUGAUCUUAUUGUGAAUGUUACACUUAACAACCCUGCAUGUUUGCACUCCUUAAGAAUAAUACCCAUUUGCUGGAAGCUUUUCCUCUUGGCAAUUUUUUAAAAACUAUAUUACUAAGUAAGCCCACUGCAACAGGAAAGAGUCUUCCAGCAAUGCAGAAGUUUGGCUCUUGUUUUAUUAAAUUCUGAUGCCAUAAUCAUUCUGUGUAUUUGCCAAGGGAAAACUCAUUUUGAGGAUCAGGGUGGGAGAAUUACAGACUGUUUAACUGUCUUGUAACAUGAAGAUUUUCCAUUGUAUAUUUAUCAUAUAGAAACAGUAUACUAUAAAGAAAAUCAAAUAUGCUUUUUAGAAAAAUGAAUUGUUAGGGGCAAUAAUGGCAUUUUCCCCAUAUGAACAAAGAUGUAGAAAGGUUUGCUCAUCUGUAAAAGAUCAAAAGAAGACAUUAAAUGUGCUGUUUUUAAAAUAUUUUAUUAAAAUAUUCUUUCCUAAGCCCUAUAUUUUAUUGUUUACAUUAAAAGGAAAACAGGGAUGCUCUUGAGUCUGUUUGAGAAUCUGAAGUUUACAUGUAAAGUUAUUUUGCAGUACAGAUAAAGUAAUUUCUUGAAUUGUAACAUGCAGUAAUGUAUCAGAGGAGAUAUUUUAUUCACCCUUGUGAUAGAAUCUUUUUUACAUCAGUGACAGAUUGUUUUGAAGUAUUUUAAAUGAUAUUUUAAUUAUAUUAAUUUAGCUUUAUGUUUCUCUAAAUUAUAUUGUUUAAAAAAUUACCUAAAACUCUGCUGUUCCCUACAAUCUGCUGGUUUUUAUUUUUGGAGGUUUUGAAAAGGACAGAAUUAGAGAUGCUUAAAAUUAUAUUCUGUAUGCAAAACAAUGUGCCUUUUAAAAUUCUUUGUUUAAGUAGACAUUUAUAGGCAGUUUUUAAAAAGAAAUCACACCCUGCAAUUUAUAAUUUUAUUCCUGGAGCGCUGGAUUGCCUUCUCCAUUAAUAUAAUGACAGUUCAGCUACAAAUUGAAUACAUGUAAAGUUAACUAGAAAAUUCUAAUAAAAUAACAAAUGGUCUUGCAAUCUUAUGUAGUCAAGAGCAAUAUCAUCUCUGUUAAUAAGUGUGAGUUAUUUUUUAAAAAAGUCUUAUUACCUUUUUAAAAUAUUUCUCAGCAGGUUUUCUCCCCCCCCCCCCCGCAUAAUAAUACUUCAAAAAUUGACAUUUUUUUAAAAAAAUAACUAAUCCUAUUCUUCCUCCUAAUACCUCGUAUUUGGCCCAGAAAAGAGUUGAGGACAUUUCAAAGCAAGAUGCAUGUUUGUGUGUCCCUGCAAAAGCAAAUUACAUAUGCCUUCAAGACCAUCCAAUGGGAAUUUAUUAAAUAAGGAGCUAAUUAAAACUGGGAGGGAACCUAGUAUUAAUGCACAUAAUAUACAUGUUAAAAGUGUUGGAUUAUCUUGCUAGAAUCUGUAAAGACAGUGGAAGAGAUUCCUGGCUGAUCCUCUGAAGAUCACUGGGAUCUGCCAAUGUAGACAACAUUCAGCUGUUCCAAGAUUCAUGUUAUAUUGGGCAUAAAGCAAUUUUUUUUCUUUAAAAUAGCAACAAAAAUGUUGCUGUCUCAUCUCGCUGCUUGGGAUAUUUCCCAAAAAGCCAUAUAAACCAUCAGUGGUUGCAUGAGGAAAGAGGCAUAGUUUACAUUUGUUUCACAUCAGCUAUAUUGUUUUUUUCCUUUGGUAUAUGUCAACAACUGGUUGAUUUUUGUUGCCCAAUGCUGCUGCUGAUUUCAAUAUUUUUAAUAUAUGUCAGCUGUGGCACAACUGAAUAGUGUAUGCAUUUUCUUAGUAAUUUUAGUUUCAUUUGGUGUUUCAGAAUAUAAGUACUGCUUUAGGUUUUAAUAAUCCAUUCAUGCACAUGAUGCUCAAAAUUGUAUCUUUUAGUUUUAGGUAAUAUGGCAAAAGUUUUGAGUUAGAAUAAAAUGAACAAUGAUUAAUAAUUGAUUCAAAACAAGGGAUAGAGUGUAUACAUAUAUUAUUCCUAAAUAAUUAGAAAUUCCUUUGAACAUAUUGCUUGGGCUCCAAUUUGUUUUUAUAGCAUUCAUGCCUUUGAAAUUUUUAUUCUUUAUAAAUGGACUCUAAAUUUCCACAGAGAAGAUAUUGUUGCUGUUUUAUAGACCAGCUAUGUCCCAGUUGAUAUAUGGUCACUAAAUGAAGUGGUACCUCUUUUCUUACCUGAAUUUCUACUGGUUAAUUGGAUAUGUAAUGUAAUUGAGUGGACAAUCACCAUAAAUGCUACUACUAUGGGUGACUGUUCAGGAAUAUUAAUAAAUUAACUAAUUUUUAU